AUGUCGAGCCCUCCACCCGACGAGGGGCGGCCCGAUCCCUCCCGCUACGCACACGAAGACUUCAACUUCAUCAGCGGCCCGCAGGCGUUUGCGGCGUCCAAGAACCGCGUGGUAAUGGGGCCUUUUGACUACCUCAACAGCCAGCGGGGCAAAGACUUCCGCUCCCAGCUGAUCGGGGCCUUCAACACAUGGCUGGACGUCUCGCCCGCCUCGCUCGAGAUCAUCACGCGCGUGGUGGGCAUGCUGCACACAGCCUCCCUCCUCAUCGACGACGUCGAGGACAACAGCGCCCUCCGCCGCGGCCUACCCGUCGCCCACGCCCUCUUCGGCGUGCCGCAGACCAUCAACAGCGCCAACUAUGUCUACUUCCGCGCCCUGGCCGACCUGCAGGGGCUUGACAACCCGCGCGUCAUCGCCGUCUUUGCAGAGGAGCUGCAGAACUUGCACCGGGGCCAGGGCAUGGACCUGUUCUGGCGUGACACUCUCACCUGCCCUACCGAGGACGAGUACCUCGAGAUGGUUGGCAACAAGACGGGCGGGCUGUUCCGCCUCGGCAUCAAGCUCAUGCAGGCCGAGUCCCGCAGCCCCCACGCCAUUGACUGCGUGCCCCUCGUCAACCUGAUCGGCCUCAUUUUCCAGAUCCGCGACGACUACCAGAACCUGCAGAGCACAGAGUACAGCGAGAACAAGGGCUUGGCAGAGGACCUGACCGAGGGCAAGUUCAGCUUCCCCGUCAUCCACUCUAUCCGCCACGACCCCUCCAACCUACAACUCAUCAACAUUCUCAAGCAGCGCACCACCGAGGACGAGGUGAAACGCUAUGCCGUCCAGUACAUGAAGGGCACGGGGAGCUUUGACUACACACUCAAGGUGCUCGACGUCCUCAUCCAGCGCGCCAGAAAGGUCGCCGAGGACAUUGACAAGAGCAGGGGGGAGGGGAGCAGGAACAAGGGGAUCGAGACCAUCCUGGACAGGAUGGUCAUCGGGGGGAAGGACGAGAUGCAUUUCCCUGCCAAGAGCUGA